CGCCGCCUCACGAGCCCGGUGCCCCGGAGCCCGGCCGCCUGCCCGCCUGCCGCCUGCCGCCCGCCGCGCCCGCCCGGCCCCGCCCGCUCGGCCCGAUCGCCGCGCCGCGCGCAUGGGGCGCGCCCCCGGGGGGGCGGCCGAGGGCCGCUGAGCGCCGGGCCCGCCCCCGCCGAUGCGCCCAACCGUCCGCGCCGGGGGUCCCAGGCCGCGUCGGGCCCGGGGCUGAGCCGCCCCCUGCGCCCGGCAUGCCCGGCCCGGCCCGCCGCCCGCCGCCGCCCAGGGCCCGAGCCCGCGCGGCGCACACUCAGCCCGGCGGCGCCGCGUAGCCGAGGGAGCCCGCCUGCUGCGAGCCAGGCGCGGGGCGUCAAGGUCACCGGCCCGACGGGGCGCACGCGCCGCCAUGGAGGCCAAGGUCCGCCCGAGCCGGCGCUCGCGCGCGCAGCGGGACCGUGGCCGGCGCCGGGAGGCCGCCCGCGACGCCCGCGCCCAGAGCCCGUCGUCGGGCGACGAGCCCGAGCCCAGCCCCGGCAAGGAGAACGCGGGCCUCCUCGGCGCGCCCCCCCGAGGCGCCGCCCCCGCGCCCCGCGCCGCGCGUCCCCCGCGCCGCCGCCGCCGCGAGUCCAGCUCGCAGGAGGAGGAGGUCAUCGACGGCUUCGCCAUCGCCAGCUUCAGCACCCUGGAGGCCCUGGAGAAGGACAUGGCCCUGAAGCCACAUGAGCGGAAGGAGAAGUGGGAGCGUCGUCUCAUCAAGAAGCCCCGGGAGUCGGAAACCUGCCCCCCUGCGGAGCCCAGUGAGAACAGGCGGCCCCUGGAGGCAGGCAGCCCCGGGCAGGACCUCGAGCCCGCCUGCGAUGGGGCGAGGAAGGUCCCACUGCAGCCCUCCAAGCAGAUGAAGGUCACCGUGUCCAAAGGGGGCGACCGGGACAGUGACGACGACAGCAUCCUCGAAGCCACCAGCUCCCGGGACCCGCUCAGCGAUAGCUCUGCGCAUGCGGUCUCGGGGAGAGGCUACUCUUGUGACAGCGAGAGCGGCCCGGACGACAAGGCAUCCGUGGGCUCCGAGAAGCUCUUUGCCCCGGGAACCGAUAAAGGCCCAGCGCUUGAGAAGUCGGAGGCCAAGGCCGGGCCGGUGCCCAAGGUGUCAGGGCUGGAGCGCAGCCGUGAGCUCAGCGCCGAGAGCUUCCUGCCCACGGCCAGCCCCGCACCCCAUGCCGCGCCCUGCCCGGGGCCCCCGCCCGGCUCCCGCGCCAAUCCCCUGGUGAAGAAGGAGCCCCCCGCCCCGCACCACCACACCCCACAGCCGCCACCCCCGCAGCCCCGCGGCCUGCUCCCGACACACGUGCCUGCAUCCCUGGGCGCCUUUGUGGGCCACGGCCAGGCGGCAGCCAACGGCCUGCACGGCCUCAGCAGGAGCAGCAGCGCCCCCCUGGGCCUGGGGAAGCACGUGUCGCUGUCGCCACACGGGCCGGGCCCCCACCUGUCUACCUCACACCUGGCGCUCCGGUCCCAGGCGCAGCACCAGCUCCACGCGGCCAUGUUUGCCGCACCCCCGACACUGCCCCCGCCCCCGGCGCUGCCGGCCAGCAGCCUGGUCCUCCCAGGACACCCGGCCGAUGCCAGCCUGUCGGUCUCAUUCAGCCAGCCAAUCAUGUAUUGCCAGCCUCAUUCGGGGAUUCUGAUUGAUCACGAGCUGCUCAGGCAAGAGCUGAACACGCGGUUUCUGGUGCAGAGCGCCGAGCGGCCUGGCGCCUCCCUGGGCCCGGGGGCUCUGCUGCGGGCGGAGUUCCAUCAGCACCAGCACACACACCAGCACACGCACCAACACACACACCAGCACCAACACACAUUCGCCCCCUUCCCCGCAGGGCUGCCCCCGACGCCGCCCGCCGCACCCCCGCCGUUUGACAAGUAUGCGCCCAAGCUGGACAGCCCCUACUUCCGACAUUCCAGCGUGAGUUUCUUCCCGUCCUUCCCUCCUGCCAUCCCGGGACUGCCCACCCUGCUCCCACACCCCGGCCCCUUCGGGUCCCUGCAGGGCGCUUUUCAGCCCAAGACUUCAAGCCCCAUUGAGGUGGCCCGCCGGGCUGGUGCGGUUCACUCACUCCUGCAGAAAGCACCUGGGGUGUCUGACCCGUACCGGGCAGUGGUCAAGAAGCCAGGGAGGUGGUGUGCCGUGCACGUGCAGAUCGCCUGGCAGAUCUACCGCCACCAGCAGAAGAUAAAGGAGAUGCAGCUGGACCCCCACAAGCUGGAGGUGGGUGCGAAGCUGGACCUGUUCGGCAGACCCCCCGCCCCGGGCGUGUUUGCAGGCUUCCACUACCCACAGGACCUGGCCCGGCCCCUCUUCCCCAGCACAGGGCAUGCAAGAGAAUGGGAGGUGAAGGUUCACAGAGGAAAUUGGGGUGCUCCCUGUGAACAGAGCUGCAGAUGGGAGGCCCUGGUGCUCUCUCCUGGCUUCUGUCAAACCUGGCUGCCCCCCCCAGGUGCCGCCCAUCCUGCCUCCAACCCAUUUGGACCCUCAGCCCAUCCUGGCAGCUUCCUCCCCGCUGGCCCCCUGACAGACCCUUUCAGCAGACCGAGCACCUUUGGGGGCCUGGGGAGCCUGAGCAGCCACGCCUUUGGGGGCCUGGGCAGCCAUGCACUGGCUCCCGGUGGCAGCAUCUUUGCCCCCAAGGAGGGCUCCUCCGUGCACGGCCUGCCCAGCCCCCACGAGGCCUGGAACCGACUGCACCGGGCACCGCCCUCCUUCCCGGCUCCGCCCCCGUGGCCCAAGUCCGUGGACGCGGAGCGGGUGUCAGCCCUGACCAACCAUGACCGAGAGCCGGACAAUGGCAAGGAGGAGCAGGAACGGGACCUCCUGGAGAAGACGCGCCUGCUGAGCCGGGCCUCGCCCGCCACCCCCACCGGCCACCCCGUCAGCGGCCUCCUGCUCCGGGCCCAGAGCGAGCUGGGCCGGCCCGGGGUCCCCGCGGAGCGCGAGGCCGAACCUCGGGUCAAGGAGAGCCGCUCCCCGGCCAAGGAGGAGGCCGCUAAGAUGCCCGCGCGCGCGUCCCCGCCCCACAGCAAAGCGGUCCCUGGAGACGUGAAGGUCAAGGAGGAGCGCGGGGAGGACGAGGCCUCCGAGCCCCCGGGGGGCGGCCUGCACCCCGCGCCCCUGCAGCUCGGCCUGGGCCGCGAGCGCCUGGGCGCGCCGGGCUUCGCGUGGGAGCCUUUCCGCGGCCUGGAGCUGCCGCGUCGCGCUUUCCCCGCCGCCGCCCCUGCCCCCGCGCCGGGCUCCGCCGCCCUCUUGGAGCCCCCGGAGCGCCCCUACCGCGACCGCGAGCCCCACGGCUACAGCCCCGAUCGCCUGCGGGGGGAGCUGGAGCGCGCGCGGGCCCCGCACCUGCAGCCCGCCGCCCCCGCCCUGGAUGGCGCGCUGCUGCCCUCGCUGGGAGCCCUGCACUUCCCGCGCCUCGCGCCCGCCGCGCUGCACAAUGGGCUCCUGGCGCGGACCCCGCCCGCCGCCGCCGCCCUCGGCGCACCGCCCCCCCUGGUGACCGCGGCCGGGCCCCCCACGCCCCCCGGGCCGCCGCGGAGCCGGACUACGCCGCUGGGGGGCCUCGGGCCGAGCGAGGCGCGCGACUACUCCCCGUCCCGAAACCCCCCGGAGGUGGAGGCGCGGUAGCCCUGGGGCCGCAGACGCCUCUCCGAGCGCACCGCUGUCCGUUUCUCCAUCAGUUCCUAGAACUCAAGCACAGCUCCCGCCGAUCCUGGGGCGGCGCCGCCUCUCCACCCGCAGCCUGCGGAGGCGGGGACUUGGGUGUCGGCUUUUCUGAGGGUGAUCUUUUGUUUUCCGAGUUUGGGAUUCGGCUGUUGGGAAAAAAAAAAAUCGCGUUUGUACCUUUUCCCCCCACAGAUGAGAAGUGUUUGUAAUGGAUUUGUAUUUUUCUUAAUUUUAUGCUCUUUAGACGUUUAAAAGAACCAAAAAAGAAACUUUUGCUUCUUCGUUUUCGGUUGGGAUUUGCAGUUUAAUGGCCUCAGAUCCUUCUUCAGAUCCCCAGGGUUUCUUUGUCUUAUUUAUGGAGAAAAACCGGUCACUUUGUCCAGCGCACUGUGAGGCCCCCACUCAGGCCAGCCCUGGCCCCCCCUUGGUACUUGGAACCGAAGUUACAGAUCUAUAUUAAAAUAAUAAUAAUAAUGUACAAACUUUGUUUUUUUGCCUUAUUAUGCAGAAGUGUAAUUUCUUUUUUGGUUUGUUUUUUUAAAAGCAAACGAAACGUGUAAAUAGUCUGUUGAUAUAAAUAUAUGACGUUACUAAAUUCUUAAUCUAGAUAGACUUUAUAAAAAUGGUUUCCAGAAACCCCUCUGGUUGUUUGUCUAACAUGGUCACAAAAACCCAGGCGCGGCCGGCUGUAAACAUUAUCAGAAGUUUAAUGGCAGCAACUUUCCUUCAACUAUGCAAGCGCUUCCCGGCGGCUCUGCUGGUUGGGGGAGGAAGGUUCCGCCAGCGACCUCCCAGCCCCUGGGUCCAUGGAGGGGUUGGGUCCCUCCAGCAGGGCCCCUGGGCCAGCAGAACAGCACUCCUGGGCGGCUCCUGUGGGCUUCAGGACUGGCCGGCUCCAGCCGCAAGGGCGAUUCUGUGGACGUUUGUGUGGAUGGUGCAGUGUUCUCGGAAUCUGUAGACCAGAUCGGUGGAGGUUUAGAAGUGCAAGAGUCUAAAGGCUGAUUACACACACACACACACACAAAAUCACUGCUGUGUGUUUUCUUCCACCUGAGGCAUCAGCAUCACCUCGGUGUGGUCGUCGCCUCCCAGGCCCUUGGCCUGGCCUCCUCUUGGUUUGGAUUUUGCCCUCACCCACAUGAGCCCCCCAUGCCCUGCACCCCUUGCAGCCUUUCGUGUUCCCCGACGUCUGGGCUGUGUCCCUGCCGGGCUUCCCAGCCUUCGGGGUCAGCCGUCGAGCCACUUGCUUUGCUCAGUUCUGUGUUUCAGCCACGUUUCCACAGUGGACCCUGUCUGUUUUAAAUAUUCUGUUCCCAUGUCAGUCAGUGACGAUAAAUACAGCCUUGAUUUGGAUGAAA